CUGAGGCAGCCUCGAAAUUGCCACAGAGGCCUUCUGCCUGUUAGGAGGAGGAGUUCUGAGUUCCCUGAGGAAGAAGUAGAAGGUUGGAUCAGUGGGUGAGAGGUGGUUUGGUUCAGAUGGUCACUGUAGGCAGGGGCAGGGGUAGAGCACAGAGGGCCUCACCUCAGCUCUCAUUGAAGGAGACUGGCAGCUGAUUGAGGACCCAGGGGCCUGUGGAUGCUGGAGAAUGAAGGAGGCAGGGAGGUGUAUCCAACGUGCCUUCCUCUGCUGCUUUCCCUUUGCCAAUGCUGUGUCCUCCACUUGGAGGGCCGUUCUGGCACUUUUUAUUUAAGCUCCUGGUCAUCCUUCAAGAUUCACCUUGAGUGACUCCUUCUCUGAGAGGGCUUCUCUGCCUCUGAUUGUUACUUAGGACCCUCUCCUUCCUCAUGGACCUUAUUCUGUAAUUUUUUGUGUCCCUCUUUGUCUCAAGAGCAGGGAAGAGUCUGAUUUAGCUCUGUAUCCUGUGCACUUAAAACAUACAAGAGGCUCAGUAAAUGUUAAGUAUUAAGUGCUGCAGUGAUGAGCAGUGUGGGAUGGGGCUGGGGCGGGGGUAAGUAGGUCAGACAAUCUGGGCCAGGCCCAGAUGAGCACAGGAAAUACCAAGAACUUGGAAGCUGGUGUUCCCGACAGGACUCCCCGGAAUGGACUACAGUUCCCAGAAGGCUGAGAAGUGGACUGCAACUCCCAGAAGUCUGCGCAGUCGUGGAGGCUGCCGGCGACUGUAGGAGCGUUGCGUGCCAGUCAGAAUCUGUGGGAGGGGCGACCGAGGUAUCGCGAUAUUUUGGGGGCUGCUCCGAGACGCGCCUGACGCGGGCCCCAGUUACUCAUCAUUCCUGUGCUGUGCUGGGCUCAUACCCCAUCUGGCUUUUUUUUAGCCCUGGUCCUGCCCUGGCUGCACACCUGCCCAUAUUGUGACUGAUCCUGAAUCCUGGCAGAGCUUUAUGGAGCCCAGUUCUGGCAGGCUCCCAGGACUCGAAGCCACCAGACCGCACAUGGAACCCAGGGCCACGUGUUCAGCUGCUGCACCCUUGGUGAAGAGACCGUUCCGUGUUCUUGUCGGUGUCACUGGGAGUGUUGCAGCCCUGAAGUUGCCUCUUCUGGUGUCCAGGCUUUUGGACAUUCCUGGCCUGGAAGUAGCAGUGGUCACAACUGAGAGAGCCAAACAUUUCUACAGUCCCCAGGAUGUUCCUGUCACCCUCUACAGCGACGCUGAUGAAUGGGAGAUGUGGAAGUGCCGAUCCGACCCAGUUCUCCACAUUGACCUGCGGAGGUGGGCAGACCUCAUGCUGGUAUCUCCUCUCGAUGCCAACACGCUGGGAAAGGUGGCCAGUGGCAUCUGUGACAACUUGCUUACCUGUGUCAUCCGGGCCUGGGACCGCAGCAAGCCCCUGCUCUUCUGCCCGGCGAUGAACACUGCCAUGUGGGAGCACCCCAUCACCGAGCAGCAGGUGGGCCAGCUCAAGGCAUUCGGCUAUGUCGAGAUCCCCUGUGUGGCCAAGAAGCUGGUCUGUGGAGACCAAGGUGUUUUCAGGCCAAGUUGGUGAAGAAGGUGGACUUUGGCAAAAUAUGGUGAAGACUUCCGCAUUUGCUGAGUAGUGGUCUGGCCUGGGCCUGCUCGGGAGCCUCCCCAGGAGCGGGACCUGCCCCAGGUUAAACUAGACCAAAGGCCCAGGUCCCAACUUCUUUCAACCAAGAGACACCUGCUUUCUGGAGUUCCUCCCCACCUUUUCCUGGGAUGGGCACAGCAAGCCAGGGGAGCAAGCUGCUGUAUUGUUCCUGUGCUCUGGGAAGGGGACUUAGGAAUGACCGAGAAACCUUCAUCCAACGUUGUGCCCAGGAACUGCUUUUAGAAAGAGCCACAGCUGGAGAUCCCCAGACCUUUGGAGCUUCAGCUUCUUGGUGGGGUGCAAGGAAGACUGCGAGGUGGCCAGGCCCUGAGAUUUCCCACAGACCGUGCUGUGAGAUUGGGGGUACUGGGAAUAAAGAAAAGUGACUCUUUGGGAGACUCUGUCCUUCCUUUAGAGCCUCUCUGUGGUCUUAGAGAUCCGGGGCCGGGGAAGGGUCUAGGCUGGCAACUGACUGACUGUCCUUAGUUCUUAUAUCAUAUGGCAGGUAAGGGCAAAGGGUUCAGAAGCCAGACAGUCCCUAGUUCAAAUCCAGCUCUGCCACAUACUAGCAGUGGGACUAGGGCUCAGGGCUCAGCCUUUCUGACCCUCACUUUCCUCGUGGAGUUGUUGAGAGGAUUAAAUGAGAUAAUGUAUGCAAAAUGCCUACCCUACUACCUCUCACAUAGUAAAUGUCAAAUAAAAUGGAAGUUAAAGCUAGAUAUGUAUUCAUACCAGUGAGCUUUUCUAACGUUUACUGAAAUAGACUGUCUCAUUUUGGGAAAAAUAAAAUCCCCGACCCUAAGCUGACAUGCACUUUAUACAAGUGACAGGCACACAGCCAGCAGGGUGGGAAGCUGACCUGGAACCCAGACCCCUUGCUUCCUGGUGUCGUCCUCAUCAGCUUUUCUGUGCCUGAGAUGGGGACCUCGGUGUCUGUACCUCCCCCUGCCCCAACAGUGGCACACAUGGAUGGGGGAAGUAGACUCCAGAGAGACACAUGUUCUGCCCUAGAAACCCUCCGCUACCCUGCCUUUGACCUACUGCUGUUUGAUGGCUGCUGUGGAUUGGGGCUUGUUUGACUGUUUAGAGCUGACUGUUUAGAGCUGACUGUUUAGGCAGGGGCUGCCUUCCUGCCCUCUUGCCUUCCAGGCCGGGGUGAGUGGGUACCCCUUGCAUGCUCUCGGACCACUGGGGGAUAGAGGCACCUUAGAAGGGCCCAGGAAGCCUGCUGGCUGGAACCAAGCCUCCAGCAGCCUCUAAGAGCCUUUAUCUCUAUAGCACUUGACUUAAUCAAGUGAUCCUUUGGGAUAAAAUUGUCUUAGGGCACUAAAGAAAAUAUAACUAAAAUGGUAGCAUCAAGAACCAACCUCUUUGGCUGGUUUGGGGGUCGGGCAUGGUGAGGGCCUGGACAACUGAAAUCCAGAGGCAAUCCCAAAGUUCCAUUUAAGUGUUUUCCAACUUCCCUCCUUCUGUCCACAUCACCCUUCCUUUCCCUCAGCAACCUCCUAAUGAAUGGUGAGGCUUCCAGUUUUAACAGAAACUGCUGCUGAGUGCUUGCUGUGUGCGAGGCUCUGUGCUGGGCACUUUAGCGAGGACAGUUGCUCAGGAG